AUGGCAGUACAAUACGUGUGUCGGGUUUCGCUGGAGGUUGGAAACCAAGGGUUUGUGUGGUACUUGGUUGGAGACGAGGUUCUCUUUAAUAUGGAGAAAAUAGCAGGCAAUAUGGGGUCAGGUCCAGAGCAAAGCAGAGAGGGGCUUCUCUCUCGGAAAAGAUACUCAGGUUUCGGAUUUAAUGACUCAAGACGACGCUUCUGCGGGAUUAGUAACUUGUGGCAUUCUGAUCGUCGGAAGCUCUUCUUUGCCGUCAAGAUGGGAAUAGCUCUUGCCAUUUUCUCCUUCCUUAUUUUCCUUAAAGAACCUCUGCACGCUGCCAGUAAAUUCUAUGUCUGGGCCAUCCUUACUGUUGUUGUGGUUUUCGAAUAUUCCGUAGGUGCAACGUUGGUCAAAGGGUUCAACAGAGCUUUAGGCACAUUCUCUGCUGGGGGACUUGCUCUUGGCAUCGCUAGGCUCUCUGUUCUAUCAGGAGAUUUCGAGCAAUUUAUAAUCAUCAUAUGCAUUUUCCUUGCAGGUUUCAGUGCUAGUUAUUUGAAACUCCACCCAGCCAUGAAGGCAUAUGAAUAUGCGUUCAGGGUGUUCUUGUUAACAUACUGUAUCGUCGUUUCUGGAAACAACACGGGAGAGUUCUUUAGUACCGCGUAUUACAGGUCUUUGUUUAUUGUUCUUGGUGCAACCAUCUGUUUGGUUGUGAAUAUAUUUAUAUUUCCAAUAUGGGCCGGGGAAGAUCUCCAUAAACUGGUGGCUACAAAUUUCAAAAGUGUAGCAAAUUCACUAGAAGGAUGUGUGAAUGGGUACUUGCAAUGUGUGGAAUACGAGAGAAUACCUUCGAAGAUUCUUACAUACCAAGCUUCAGAUGAUCCAUUAUACAGCGGGUACAGAUCAGCUGUUCAGUCUACAAGUGAAGAAGAUUCUCUGCUUGAGUUUGCCAGGUGGGAGCCUCCCCAUGGACCAUACAGAACGCUUAACCAUCCCUGGAUAAACUAUGUGAAACUUAGUGGUGCAGUAAGGCAUUGUGCUUUCACGGUCAUGGCAAUGCAUGGCUGCAUUCUUUCAGAGAUACAGGCAGCUCCAGAGAAACGACUGGCUUUCCGUCACGAGCUUCAAAGUGUUGGCAACGAAGGAGCAAAAGUUCUGCGUUUGAUUGGAGAAAAAGUGGAGAAAAUGGAAAAGUUAAGCCCCGGAGAGAUUCUUAAGGACGUUCAAGGUGCAGCAGAGGAACUUCAGAUGAAAAUAGACAGUAAAUCUUACCUUCUUGUCAACUCAGAAAGCUGGGCAGCUACUAAAGAGCAAGCUGAAACAGAAGAGGCUCGAGGAAACAAUCACAACGAAACCAAGGUGAUCAAAUCACUCAGUCAGAUUUGGGAUACCAACAGUAGCAACAGUCAUAAUCAAGCCAGUGCUAGUGAAUCUCAAAUAUGGGUGUCAACAGAGAGUAUGAUGCUAAGGAAUCGCGAGAUGUGGCCAAGUGUGUCUUUCAUUGGCGGUUCUGUGGUAAAUGAGAUGGAAGGCAAAAUAUACGAAAGCGCGAGUUCUUUGUCUUUGGCUACGUUUGCUUCCCUUCUGAUCGAGUUUAUUGCAAGGCUGCAGAAUAUUGUCAAUGCCUUUGAGGAGCUUAGCACAAAAGCGGACUUCAAAGAUCAGGUUAAUCAGACUCCUCCUAACGUAGUAGAUCAAUUGUAA